CUUUGCGCGCGGGGCGGCUGCGUGCAGGUGGCGGUUGAGUGGCUCGCGGGUUCGUUAAGCGGUUCGGAGACCAGUGCCACCACCGCCGCCAUCAUCACCACCACCAUCAUCAUCAUGGCGAGCUCGGGGAGGAAGCGGCUGCUGAAGGAGGAGGACAUCUCCAAGGUGGAGUUCGAGACCAGCGAGGAGGUGGACGUCACCCCCACCUUCGACACCAUGGGCCUCCGGGAGGACCUGCUCCGCGGCAUCUACGCCUACGGCUUUGAAAAACCAUCAGCCAUUCAGCAAAGAGCAAUCAAGCAAAUCAUUAAAGGAAGAGACGUAAUUGCUCAGUCACAAUCUGGUACAGGAAAAACAGCGACUUUCUGUAUAUCUGUAUUGCAGUGCCUAGAUAUUCAGGUUCGUGAAACACAGGCUCUAAUAUUAGCACCAACUCGAGAGCUGGCAGGACAAAUACAGAAGGUCCUACUUGCCCUUGGAGAUUACAUGAACGUACAGUGUCAUGCUUGUAUUGGAGGGACCAAUGUUGGUGAAGACAUUCGAAAGUUGGACUAUGGGCAACAUGUAGUUGCGGGUACUCCAGGUCGUGUGUUUGAUAUGAUUCGACGCAGAAGCUUGAGGACGCGUGCCAUCAAAAUGUUGGUUCUUGAUGAAGCUGAUGAAAUGCUGAAUAAAGGUUUUAAGGAACAGAUCUAUGAUGUGUACAGGUAUCUGCCACCUGCCACACAGGUCAUUCUGAUCAGUGCUACGCUGCCUCAUGAGAUCUUGGAAAUGACCAACAAGUUCAUGACUGAUCCAAUCCGGAUCUUGGUCAAACGUGAUGAGUUGACCUUGGAAGGAAUCAAACAGUUCUUUGUGGCAGUUGAAAGGGAGGAAUGGAAAUUUGAUACAUUGUGUGAUCUUUAUGACACACUGACCAUUACUCAAGCUGUCAUUUUCUGCAACACAAAGAGGAAGGUGGACUGGCUUACAGAAAAAAUGCGAGAGGCUAACUUCACAGUGUCCUCUAUGCAUGGUGACAUGCCACAAAAGGAAAGAGAAUCCAUCAUGAAGGAAUUUCGUUCUGGGGCAAGCCGAGUGCUUAUUUCUACAGAUGUUUGGGCCAGAGGACUGGAUGUUCCUCAAGUGUCACUGAUCAUAAACUAUGAUUUACCAAACAACAGAGAAUUGUAUAUCCACAGGAUUGGUCGAUCAGGCCGUUAUGGACGCAAAGGUGUGGCCAUCAAUUUUGUUAAGAAUGAUGACAUUCGUAUUCUGCGAGACAUUGAACAAUACUAUUCAACACAAAUUGAUGAAAUGCCAAUGAAUGUUGCUGACCUUAUUUAAAGACGGAAUGAAUCCUGGAAGACGUGGGUUGAAAUAAUUUUUAAAAACCUAAGACGUGUUUGGGUGUUCCAGCAGAACUCUUGCAUAAGGAUUCUGCACAAAGAUUCUGUAAUAUGUAUUUCCUAACCUAUGUUUUUAACAAUUCUGGUCAUGCUACAGUAUAGUUUUAUAAACCUAGUGUUGUUGUUUUGUACACAUGGAUCUAAUCGGCAGAACUUUCAGAAGAAGCAUAUUGGAAGUUUAAUGUAGGGCUCAAAACUUUUGUGUAUACUAUUUGAUUUGAUUAAAGCCUGGUGAUCU